AACCACUAUAUUACCCCUAUAGGCUGUGCGCAAUACUCAUGUUACGGGACAAGUGGUGGCAAAUAUGAUCAAGGAUCUACAGGAUCUGAAAGGUCUAAAACUGAGUGACGUCCACAUACUGGGCCACUCAUUGGGCGCACACGUCGCAGGGUUUGCCGGCGAGGACUUGAAGGGACAGGUGGCCAGGAUUACCGGUUUGGACCCGGCUGGGCCCCUUUUUGAUGGAGCCACACAAAAACUUAAGCCAACCGAUGCGGUAUUCGUGGACUCCAUUCACUCGGACGCCGACCCCAUACUCAUCGGUCUGGGUAUCCACGAGAACUCGGGUCACGUGGACUUCUACCCCAAUGGUGGUCACACUCAGCCGGGUUGUAUACUGGACCCCAUUCCCUGCAAUCACUUGCGGGCCGUAGAGUUCUAUAUGUCCAGUUUGAAGGCCGAGAACCCCAAGGGGGUGGCCCUCCAGUGCGCCUCGUAUGACGACUAUAAGGCCGGCAAGUGUGCGGCAGUGGACGCCGCCUUGUCGGGCACCCUGGGCGAGGAUGCCAUUAAACUGAGCUCGUACAAAACCAAAACUGAGGGCACCAAGUUCUUUUUGAGAACCUACGCCGAGUACCCCUAUUUCGAGGGCUAGUCAAUAGAAAUAGUUGCACGAUUAGUUUUAUAUAAUAUAAUAACAGAUGAUUGUGUAUUGUAUGACAUAUUAAAUAAUAGAAAUUAUAUUUUGAAUGUAA